CUCAUCUUCUGUCCAAUGGCUAAUAAUAAGCUGUUGUACUAUGUAAUUUUUUCCAUGUUUUUGCUGCUUACAAUGUUACGAGUUUGGCGAGAAACCACCAAUGGACCUCAUGUUUAUAGGCGAAAAGAAUGGAUUGAAACGCUUUUCGAAUCUGGAUUUGGCUGUCUUCGUGUGGGAUUCCAUGAAGAUCAAAAGUACUUUAGGUCGUAUUUUCUAAUAGCUAAUGAGUAUACACAUACUCAUUAUUGAUCAAUGGUUCAGUUUGUUGUACUUACACUGGCGUGACAAUGAUUUAUUUAUUCUGUCUUUGUUUGUAUGUGGCUUCCUUAAACUGAAGACAGCUAUGGUCUCCAAAAUCCAGAGAAAUGGAUCAUUUUUUUUUUGCGGA